GGAACCAGAGGAUAGGAUAGGACGGCCUGCAGCAAAGAGCUAGUCACAUCGGGCACCACAUCCUGUCCUGCAACGAAUUCCAGUGCAACGAAAUGCAAAUAAACGAAAGCAUGGCGCCCAAGUAGAACAUUCCACAAGCGACCGACAGCAAGCCAACAAGCUUCAGCUCCUGCUUCUCUCUAUUCCGAUUUCCACUCCGAGUUUGAUAUACGCGACCGCGUUUGCCCCACUCGAAUCCGUAUCGGUAACCGGGAUGACGGAGCAGAAGAAUCAGGUGACGCGAGCUGCUCCGGAGCAGAGCAAUGACUACCGCGUGGUGGUCUUUGGAGCCGGCGGCGUGGGCAAGAGCUCACUGGUGCUGCGCUUCAUUAAGGGCACCUUCCGCGAAAGCUACAUCCCAACAAUCGAGGAUACGUACAGACAGGUCAUAAGCUGCAACAAGAACAUCUGCACGCUGCAAAUCACGGACACAACGGGAUCGCAUCAGUUCCCGGCCAUGCAGAGGCUGUCCAUCUCGAAGGGGCACGCCUUCAUCCUGGUCUACUCGGUGUGCUCCAAGCAGAGUCUGGAGGAGCUGCGACCCAUCUGGGCGCUUAUCAAGGAGCUGAAGGGAGCCGACAUUCCCAACAUACCCGUCAUGUUGGUGGGCAACAAGUGUGAUGAGACCGCCGAGUUGAGAGAGGUCUCCCAAGCGGAGGGUCAGGCCCAGGCGACCACCUGGAGCAUAUCGUUCAUGGAGACGUCGGCCAAGACGAACCACAAUGUGACCGAGCUGUUCCAGGAGCUGCUCAACAUGGAGAAGACGCGCACCGUCUCCCUGCAACUGGACACCAAGAAGCAGAAGAAGCAGAAAAAGGAGAAGAAGUCCAAGGACACGAACGGCUCGAUACCGGAGAACGGCGAUGCGGGGGCCAGCGCCAGCGGCGGGGCCAAGGAGAAGUGUCGCGUUAUGUAAGCAUCGGAUGGCGAAAGAGCCAGAUGGCCAGAUGGCAUGGCCAUGUGACCCGGGUCACAUUGCGUCGAGCUGAAGUGAACGGAGACGACGGUGACA